AUGCGGUGGCGGUGGAUCGUCGUCCUGGUCCUGUCCGUCCUCGACGCCGUCGCGACCUCCCCUACGGCUUCUUCUUCUUCUUCUUCUGCGGCCAAUCCCUCCUACUCCGACCACUGCGGCUCCGUCGUGCCGGAGUCCGUCGCCGACGGCGGGGACACGGAUCCGCACGGCUCCCUCCUGAUCCGUGACGGAUUCUUCAAAGGCGGGGACGAGAUCCUCGCGCGGGACGAUUCACCCGCACUCUCCCUCCCCAGAUCGGUCACUUUCCGCCCCCGGGAGCUGCACAGGACGCGGCAGCCCGGCGUCAUCGGCAUCAAGGGUAGCCUUGUCUUCCGAGGAGGAGGCGUCUCCUUCGUGCGCAGGAACUUCACCAGGGGUCGAGGUCUGUUCCGCGUUGUGCGCCCUCGGGGCCCUGGCGUCCUCAAUCGAGGGAGGCGGGUGAGGUUCAAUUUGUCGGGGUUCUGGUCCGAGGCAUCCGGGAAGCUGUGCAUGGUGGGAACCGGCGUCUCGCUCUCCGCAGUGGGUAAGCUCCUCGAUCUCUCUGCUGCUGUGAAGCUCCAUUACCCCAAGCAUUCAAGCAUCAGCAACGUCUUGGUGACCGGCACCGUGGAGAGCUUGGAUUCCCCUGGAAGCCCCGGCCACUUUAGUCCCAUAUCCUUACUGGCUUACUCACAGAGGACCUACGAGUAUACUCUGCUUCCCCAAGCUGAGAAAAUGAGCUCUGAUGUUCUUCACCAUGAGAGGUCUCUCCCAUUAGGAGCAGGUGAUAGCUUGUGUUCCAUACUGUCCAGGUUCUCCAACGGGCUUAGACUGUUUCACAGGUCUGAUUGCCACGGUGGGGGUUGCAGUCCUCUGAGUGGGGAUUUUGCCCAGCCAAGCUACCUCUCCCUGGGAGAAGUCCACUGCUCGGAUGAUGGGAAUGUCCACAUGUAUGUUGCCUUCUCAGACAGUCAAUCCUUCAGGUACCCACCUCUCUUAAACCCUGAGAAGAUCCUGGUUGCAGAAGGGUUCUGGGAUCAUCAGAGGAACCAUCUCUCUGCCGUGGCUUGCCCAGUGCAGAACCCUGAGCACUCUGUGGUGGAUGCUCACGUUGGGGACUGCACAGCGGUGCUGGGACUGUGGUUCCCUGGGGUGCUUUCCAUUGAGAACAGGAGCCCACUGGUUGGGCAAAUCUGGAGCAGCCGGAACUCGACUGAUCCUUUCCACUUGGAGCUGGUGGAGUUCCGGGCUCUAGACAGUAACAUGCAUCCCGUUUCUGGUCUGAAGUAUGAGUACACAAAGGCUGACCUCGCGAGGAGAUCUUGUGGAAGUGAUAGUGCCAGGAACAGGCGUGGGAGAGUCUACCCUGAUGCAAAGGCCAUGAUAGAGCUUACAUUUGAUAUGGGUCUAAGAAGCUCUGAUGGCACAGUAGCCUGGGCAUAUGCACAUCCUGUAUCUAUAGGGGAUGCAGUGUGGGGGAUCAUCUAUGGGGAUGCUACUGUGAGAUUUCGUUCUAGUCCAGUUGUUGCUGCAGAGAAUAGGGUUUUGAAUGUAAGCUACACAAUUAGUGGUGCCUUUAUUAAUGGGUCGUCAGGCAUGAAUAGGGCAAAAAACAUACUGGCAGAAGGGAUUUACAGUGAGGAAACAGGCAAGCUCUGCUUGAUAGGCUGUCUAGAUGUUUCUGAUUCAAUGGGUGAAAUGCAUGAAAGGAAGAUGAGCUCCAUGGAUUGCAGGAUUCUCAUUGAAAUCCAGCUUGCUCCUUUGAAUCCGGAGGCAGGGGCGCAUGUCAGUGGCACCAUAAGGAGCAUGAGAAACGAGUCUGAUCCUCUUCACUUCAAGCCCUUAGAGAUUUCUUCCAAUAUCAUGUAUAGGAAACAGGCAGCAGAGUCAAUAUGGAGGAUGGAUGUUGAAGCAGUGGUGGUUCUUAUGUCUCUUUCUCUUUCAUGCGUUUUCAUAGGGUUGCAGCUGUUCCACGUCAGGGAGCACCCUAGCACCCUUCCCUCCACAUCAAUCACCAUGCUUGUGUUACUCACCUUCGGUCACAUGAUACCAUUAAUGGUGAAGUUUGAGGCCUUUUUCUUCGCUAACCAUGAUCAACAAAAUGGUUUCCUAGGGAGUAGCGGGUGGCUGGAAGUGAAUGAGGUCGUGGUGAAGCUUAUAACCAUGGUUGUAUUGGUGUUGCACCUUCGAUUAGUGCAGUUGGCAUGGUCUGCAAGAUCUGGGGUGGAUACCAAAAAGGGUUUGUGGUAUGCAGAGAGAAGGGCUCUCCAGUUCUGUCUGCCUUUUUACUUCAUCGGACUGCUGAUUUCUUGGCUUGUUCAUCUGAGAUCCUACAAAGCUAAAAUGGCAAGGCCACAUUUCCUCUACGAGCCACGGAGUUCACUUUGGGCAGAUCUCACAUCCUACGCUGGCUUAUUACCUGAUGGUUUCUUACUACCUCAGAUUCUGCUCAAUGUAUUCUGGAGCCCUAAGGAGAAGGUUCUCAUUCCUGCAUUUUACGUUGGAAAUACCAUGGUUAGAGCAAUGCCUCACAUAUAUGAUGCAUAUAGAGCCAGUCACUAUGUGCCCCACAUAGAUUCUUCCUACUUUUUUGCUAGUAGUGCCCAGUGGGAUUUUUACUCGUCCUCUUGGAAUAUUAUCAUUCCUUGUGGAGGGGUUCUGUUUGCUGUUCUUCUUUAUUUUCAGCAGCGGUUUGGUGGGAGUUGCAUCCUCACAGCAAGAUUCAGAAACCCAGGUGGAUAUGAGAUAAUAUCCAUGGUAAAUAAUUCUACAGCACUGCAAACCUUUUCUACAGAGUUGAAAAUCUUUCAAUAG